AUGAAGGUGUAUUUUGUAUAUGAGGGAAAAGAUACGAAUGGUUGCGUGGUUGACGAUAGCCUGGAAGAGGUAUACAAGGUAAAGAUAGACCUCCCGGUGAAGUGGCUCACUGGUCCAUGUGAACAGCUUCUCCGUUUUAUUGUUUCUACGUACAAUAAGAAGCAACCUAAGAGACCUCUUGUGGUUGAAGAAAUUAGCCUGUGGAAUGGAAAUGUAGAGUUGAAGCCGUCAGAUAUCGUGGAAACACGAGUGCAUGAGUACAAUGAUGUUCACAUUCGGCAUAUAGCAAAGUCUGUACAGCAAUUGCAGCAACCAGGAUCUGUUCCUUGCACCAACUAUGGAUGUGGAAAGUUCUUUCUCCCAGAGGAAAAUAACGACACAGCGUGCAAACACCACGCAGAACCUCCAGUCUUUCAUGAUAUUGAAAAGUAUUGGCGUUGUUGUCCCACGCGGCGUGUGCGUGACUGGGAUGACUUCAAUGCCAUUCCACCUUGCUGUAUUGGCCCACAUAGCACAGAAAACCGACAGGUCUCUUUCUCAAGUGAACCUAUUGUAAAUGUUCCGCUAUCACAGGAUCAGUUAAAGGCGACAGAAGCAGGCGCAUCUUCUGCAGCGACGACUGUACAAGACGGUGUUGCGCCUCGUCGCACGAAUGGACCAAGGGAGUUCGAAGGUGCAGUGGCCGCACAAGGACAAGCACCGCAGGAGAUCAUUGACGGCAAAGCCAGAUGUCGAAACUACGGAUGUCAGCAAGAGUUUGUGGUAAGUGAGAAUAAUCCAACAGCGUGCCGGUAUCACAGUGGGGGACCUGUAUUCUGGGAUACAUACAAGUACUGGAAAUGUUGUCCAGAUAAGAAGCGUUAUGAAUUUGAUGAUUUUGUAAAGGUACCUGGAUGCACAGUGGGACCGCAUCAGUUGUAA